CAAUAACAAGGGCGCAUUGUUCCUUUUCCUCGCUCGAGAGCAACCUUUUAGGCAAUCUGUUUUCCUUCAUCUUAUUACAAUUAUUUUAAGUUUUUUUUGGGUAUCAAAAGUAUGGAUUACAAGCCUUUUAUCUAUGGAGGCCUUGCCUCAAUGACUGCGGAGUUAGGUACAUUUCCCAUUGACACAACCAAGACUAGACUUCAGUUACAAGGACAAGUCAUUGAUACUAAGCAAACGAGCAUUCGAUAUCGUGGGAUGCUACAUGCUUUCUUAAGAAUCACUAAAGAUGAAGGCUUUCGAGCUCUCUUUAAUGGUGUUGCCCCAGCACUACUUCGUCAGGCCACAUAUGGAUCCCUCAAACUUGGAAUAUAUCAUUCUGUUAAAAGAAAAUUGGUCAAAGACUCAAAAGAUGAGACACUAUAUUAUAACAUUGCAGCUGGCAUUAUUGCUGGUGCUAUAUCAUCAGCAAUAUGCAACCCUACAGAUGUUCUGAAGAUUCGGAUGCAAGCAGAAUACAAAAGUGGAGUUCAAUUGAACAUGACAAAAUCAUUCCGUAAAAUGUUUUCAGACGAAGGAUUAAGAGGUUUAUAUAGGGGUGUUGGUCCCACUUCUCAACGAGCAGCAGUCAUUGCCGGAGUAGAACUACCUGUUUACGACUCAGCCAAAAGGUUUAUCUUGGAUAAAAAACUGAUGGGAGAUCAUCCAGGAACACACUUUGUAGCUAGUGCCAUUGCUGGUCUGGCUGGAGCUAUAGCUUCAAAUCCAAUUGAUGUUGCCAAGACAAGAAUGAUGAACCAGAGGAACCUAAAAGUGAAAUCUAAUGAUUCGCAAAUAUUGUACAGAAGUGCAGCUCACUGUAUAACAAUGACAAUGAGAACAGAAGGAUUCUUUGCUCUAUACCGUGGUUUCAUUCCCAACUUUGCUAGACUUUGUCCAUGGAAUAUAUUUUUCUUUAUGGCAUAUGAACAAUACAAGAACAUUGGUCGUGCAAUUCUUCCAUAAUCAUAUUGGAAAUGCAUUAUAAAAUUUUACAAUCUUUAUUUUUGUUAGAAAGGCUUGGUUUACAAAAUUCAAUAACUUAGUUACUACAAGGAAUAAUACUAUAACGACAAUAGGGGUUCUAUUCCAGAAAAAGACAAAUACACAUACGAAAUAUUUGAUAUUUUCUAUAAAUAUGAAAAAAUAAAUAAAGUUAUUUAAUCUAAAAUAAUUUCAAAAUCAAAUAUAAAUAAUUUCCUCAAAAAAGUAAUUUAAGAAUGUCACACAUAAUAAGUAAUUAUUUCAUGCACAUGCUUCCUUCCUCUCUUCCUUAGGAGUGAUUUCCCUGAUUUCUCCCUAAAUAGGGUGGGAUUUUCACAUUGGCUCCCAGGAAGAGAGGAGAUAGCAAACAUCUGUAACACAGGUUACCCAAUCGAAUUACAAUUCCAGCCAGCUACUCUGCAUAAUAUUGGUAAAAUAUAGAUAUUCCUACACAAGCUACUUAGAAUUCAGGCGGUCUGUAGAAAUGAUCAUCUUAAUGAUAUUAAUAUUGAAACUCAUUAUAAUAUAUCUUAUUGAAUUGAGGUUGUCUUCCAGACACACUAUUCACAUAUAAAAGACUUUUUUACUUUCUCAAAAUUCCCCACAUUCUUUUCAAUAAUAACCUGUGAUUGGGUUUGCUUGUGAUAUUUAUGAAUAAAAAAUAAGUAAACCUUUA